AUGAGGUGUACAAGACUGCUUCGACAAUUUCAAACUCUCAAGCCGGAGAUUAAAACAGCAUCGUUUCCAGGGCCAUUAUCUCAGUCCAUUUCCAAGGGUAUUUCUCAAUAUCAAGAGGAUAGGUCACAUCAAUUUGCAGUUGACUACAGCAAAAGCUCUGGAAAUUAUAUCGUCGACGCUGACGGCAAUACGCUUCUCGACGCAUUUGCUCAGGUGUGCUUUAUGGGAUAUUACUGCCUCAUUCUAACAAACCCAGCGUCAAUUGCAAUUGGAUACAACAAUCCUUCUUUGAUCGAGCUUGCUAAAUCGGAUGAAUUCAUUACAGCUGCAAUUAAUAGACCGGCCUUGGGCAACUUCCCUCCUUCAAAUUGGAAGCAGAUCCUCGAAGAUGGAUUACUCAAGAAGACUCCUAAGGGUUUAGAGCAGCUUUUCACUGCCAUGUGCGGCUCAUGUGCUAAUGAAUCAGCAUACAAGGCAGCAUUUAUGGCAUACCGCGAUAGACAUCAUGGAUCUGGAUUUAGCGAGGAAGAUUUGAAGAGCUGCAUGCAGAAUGCUGCACCAGGAUCACCUGAUUACUGCAUUCUGUCCUUCGAGUCGGCUUUCCACGGCAGAUUGUUUGGUUCCUUAUCAACAACACGCUCGAAAGCAAUUCAUAAGGUUGGUGUUCCUGCAUUCGACUGGCCGCAAGUCGCUUGGCCGAGCGUCAAAUAUCCUUACGAAGAUCACAUCGACCACAACAAAGCAGCGGAGGCAAAGUCUCUCGAUCUGGUCAAACAGACGAUCCGUGAACACAAGCACAAGAAGCCAGUGGCAGCCUUAGUUGUCGAGCCAAUACAGUCAGAGGGCGGCGACAAUCAUGCUUCCGCCAAUUUCUUUAAGGGAUUGAGAGAGAUUACCAAGGAGGAAGGCGUUUACAUGAUCGUCGAUGAAGUGCAAACAGGAUUUGGUGCUACUGGCUCGUUCUGGGCUCACGAUAAAUGGCAACUCGAAACGCCGCCAGACAUGGUCACAUUCUCCAAAAAGGCUCAGGCUGCUGGAUUUUAUCACAACUUUGAAAUGAGACCAUCUCUUCCAUAUAGAAAUUUCAAUACCUGGAUGGGUGAUCCAAUCAGGGCUUUGCAAGCACGCGAAAUGAUUUCAUAUAUAGACAAGCACGGAUUGGUCAAGCAUACUGAAGACGUUGGCGAUUAUAUUUACAAAUCGCUCAAGACAUUGAGUGAGAAUACACUAAUUGAAAACACAAGAGGAUUCAAACAAGGCACAUUUAUCUCGUUCGAUAUGCCCACACCAGCACAAAGGGACUUGGUUGUGUCACAGAUGAGAGCCAGAGGUGUAAACAUUGGCGGCUGCGGUGAACGCGCUGUCAGACUUCGUCCUAUGCUCAUUUUCGGUAAAGCAGAGGCUGACAUUUUGCUGAAUACACUCCACUCUGUGAUACACAGACUUUAA